UGUGCUUGUCUUCCUUCCCUCCAAUCAUUUUUCUCUGUUUUUCAUUUUCUUUUUCCAUUCUCUUCGUCUGAUUAUUAUUUUCCGGGAAAAUUUUUCUCUCACUCUUUGUUCUCUGGUUUCCCGGCGACAGAGGAGGAAGAAGUAAGUAGAAGAGUAAAAGGAAUUAAUUUCUCUGCUUCUACGGAAUCUCUUUCUCUUCUCAAUUUCCGUGAUCAACUCAAACUCUUCAACAACAACAACAACCACUUCAAUAACCCAUCAAUCAUCCAUGUUUUUCCUCUAGCACUUUACUCUCUUUAUCUCUUUCACAAGAAAAGUGACUGAAAAUGGACAAACAUUCCGGGGAUUCGUUGCCGGCUCAUGGUCCUGCAGGCCUGUCUGAGAUUCCCUCACUUAACAUUCCGAAAAGAGUGGGAAGCAGUGCAUGGAGAAUACCGCACACAACCGAUGUAUUUCAUGAUUCAAAUGAUGUUAGCUUGUUUUCUACUUCACUUCCUGUUCUUCCCCAUGAAAAGUUAAAUUUGACCGAUUCCGAACAAAAUGGUCAACUUGCGGACGAUAACUUGCUAACAUUAGACAAAGUUCACAAAGAGGAGGAUGAGGGACAUGAUCCUUUUGAUGAUUUUGAAAACAAUGCCAUUGGAAACAUGCUUCCUGACGAUGAAGACGAGCUUUUAGCUGGAAUAAUGGAUGAUUUCGACCUUAGUAGGUUACCGAGUCAACUCGAGGAUUUGGAUGAAAAUGAUCUGUUUGUUAAUGGAGGGGGAUUUGAAAUGGAUUUUGAACCCCAAGAGAGCCUUAGUUUUGGUUUGUCAAAGAUAAGCAUAUCAGAUGGAAUGGCUUCAAAUGGUAUUGGAUCUUAUGCAAUUGCAAAUGGUGUGGGAACAGUUGCCGGGGAGCAUCCAUACGGUGAGCAUCCAUCCAGGACUUUGUUUGUUCGAAACAUCAACAGUAACGUUGAGGACUCUGAACUAAGAACACUAUUUGAGCAAUAUGGGGAUAUCAGAACUUUGUACACAGCAUGCAAGCACAGGGGCUUUGUGAUGAUAUCUUACUAUGACAUUCGAGCUGCUCGCACUGCAAUGCGUGCUUUACAAAACAAACCCUUGAGACGUAGAAAACUUGAUAUUCAUUUUUCAAUUCCGAAGGAUAACCCCUCGGAAAAAGAUAUAAACCAAGGAACCCUUGUAGUGUUCAAUUUAGAUCCUUCGGUAACUAAUGACGACCUUCGCCAAAUAUUUGGGGCUUAUGGUGAAGUCAAGGAGAUCAGGGAAACGCCGCAUAAGAGACACCAUAAAUUUAUUGAAUUUUAUGAUGUUAGAGCAGCAGAUGCAGCUCUUAAAGCAUUAAAUCGAAGUGACAUUGCUGGAAAGCGCAUAAAACUUGAACCUAGCCGCCCUGGUGGAGCACGCAGAAACUUGAUGCAACAACUGACUCAAGAACUGGAACAAGAUGAAGCUCGAACUUUUAGGAGUCAAAUCGGUUCACCUAUUGCCAAUUCUCCCCCAGUAGGCAAUGUUUUCACAGGUAGCUGGGCGCAAUUCAGUAGUCCUGUUGAACCGAAUCCAUUAGGUUCGUACAGUAAGUCCCCUGGUUUGGGUCAUGCCAUUGGCAGCCCUAUUAAUACCAACCAUUUGUCUGGAUUGGCCGCAAUACUUUCCCCGCAUACAUCAACCUCUCCCAAAAUUGCGCCAAUUGGCAAGGACCCUGGAAGAGUUUCAAAUCAGAUGUUUGCCACCUCUGGAUCAUCAACACAAGGAACAGCUUUUCAGCAUUCUAUCUCCUUUCCGGAACAAAAAGUAAAUGCAAGUCCUCGGCCUAUAUCUGCUUUUGGUGAAUCAAAUUCAAGUUCAUCGAGUGUUGGAACGCUGUCUGGUCCUCAAUUUCUUUGGGGAAGCCCGACUCCUUACUCGGAACAUUCAAACACAUCUGCGUGGUCUUCGUCUUCUCUGGGACAUCCAUUUACUUCUAGUGGCCAAAGGCAGGGUUUCCCUUACACCGGUCAUCGCAGUCCUUUCCUUGGCUCCCAGCACCAUCAUCAUGUAGGAUCUGCUCCAUCUGGUCUUCCUCUUGAACGAAAUUUCCGAUACUUUCCAGAGUCACCCGAUGCUUCUCUCAUGAGCCCUGUUGGAUUUGGGAAUUUAAAUCACAGUGAUGGAAAUUUUAUGAUGAACAUGGGGUCUCAUCCGUCUGUAGGGCAUGGUAUUGGCCUUUCAGCAACUACGAGUGAAAUCGGAUCUCCUAAUUUCCGAAUGAUGUCCCUACCUGGUCAUGGUUCCUUGUUCCUUGGAAAUAGUUUGUAUGCUGGACCAGGAGUAACUAACCUCGACGGAUUAGGUGAACGUGGACGAAUUAGGCGACCAGACAAUAAUGUGAAUCAAAUUGAGAGUAAGAAGCUGUACCAGCUGGAUCUCGACAAAAUCAUCGGUGGGGAAGAUACAAGGACUACUUUAAUGAUUAAAAACAUUCCUAACAAGUACACUUCGAAGAUGCUACUUGCUGCAAUUGAUGAGAAUCACCAAGGGACUUAUGAUUUUCUCUAUCUGCCUAUUGACUUCAAAGUACACGCAUUACAUAUAUCUUUUCAAUUAGGGGUUGAUGGUUGUGGUAUUUAUGUUUCGAGGACGACUUUAUUUACUAAUGUUGGUUUUUGUUUGCAGAAUAAAUGUAACGUGGGUUAUGCUUUCAUCAAUAUGGUCUCUCCUUCACACAUCGUCCCUUUCUAUAAGGCUUUUAAUGGGAAGAAAUGGGAGAAAUUUAAUAGUGAAAAAGUUGCUUCACUGGCGUAUGCGCGGAUUCAGGGAAAGGCUGCACUUGUGAUGCAUUUUCAGAAUUCAAGCUUAAUGAAUGAGGACAAGCGGUGUCGACCAAUCCUCUUUCACUCAGAGGGCCAAGAUACUAGUGACCAGGAACAUUUUCUAUCGAGCAACUUGAACAUAUGCAUUCGUCAACCGGAUGGAACUUACUCAGGUGAUUUGUUGGAGAGCCCAAAGGGCAAUUCGGAUGAGAAUCUAGAGAAAGAUUAACCAUUUGUUAGAUAAAUUAUUGCUCCUAGCCACAUUACAUAUGGUCUAGGAGUGCUAACUAAUGCAUAGUUAAUCUUAAUGUGUACAAAGUUGAUUCAUAAAAAAACCAGGAAAACAAAAAAAUCGGUGUAUAAAGAUUAAGGGAUGAAUCCAUUUAUCAGCUGGAGGAGACUCUUAAUGUGUCAAUAGUUAAUAAUAAUCUUUUAAAAAAAAGAAUGAAGAAACCGGUUUGUCGAUGUGUAGAGGAACAAUUGUGUUAUAUUAUCAGAGGAAAAUAAUAACUUGGGAUUUGGAGGUUUCUACAGCAGCAUGCAUGCCAGAUUGUGCAGGAUGAGUCUUUCUGGAAUUUGUUAUUUUUUUUUCUGGUCCUUUGUUGAGGAUAUUAAUAUGUAUAUGUACAAAAGAAAAUUCUAAUUUAUGGAAAAACUGUUUGUAUAGAAGGGAAACAAGGUACUAUCCUGUUUGUAAUUGUUGUUUUAUGGAGUCAAAAAUUGUGAAUGUGUGUAAAGAUGUGAGCUGGGUUCUUGCUAUUUCAUCAGAAUGUUGGUGAAAAAUUCUAUAUACAUUGAAACAUUGGAGGUUCUUUUAAGUAUUGUUUUAGUUUUCUUA